CAUGUUUCCUUAUCACCUGAUUGACGCCAUAAAGUCCUGCACAUCAUACAACGAAGAUAACAGUCGGACCCACUAUCACAUGCGCUCUAUACCACCAACUCAUAUAUUAUCACCUCCCCAAAAUCUGCUCUCCUGUCACUUUUUUUCCUCAGUUUUCAUCUCUUCCUUCUGUCUUUUGUCCUUUUUCUGAUCGAAUAAUUUCCCUAAUAUUUAAUCUCUCUACUUAAUCUCUAUCGACUUGAUGCCCCACGCAGAGAAAGCAACCAUGGGAGAAGUAACCGUCAAUGGCGAGAAGGUCCAUUACUCGCAGUUCCUGGACCACCUCACCUCCUACCCCAUCAUCUCCGACUCCAUCGCAACCUUCAAGGGCAACAAGUACGCUGCAAAGUCGCUGCACUAUGCAGACCAGGGAUACACCCGUCUAGCCAAGCCCGUCCUACCCUAUCUGUCCAAGCCGUAUAGCUAUGUGUCACCGUACCUGGUCAGAGCGGAUACUUUGGGCGACAAGGGGCUGUCUCAGAUUGACACGCGGUUCCCCAUCAUCAAGGAGGAUACGGACAAGCUGAGGACUACAAUUUACGAAGGUGCACAAGGGUCCGUUCGCAUUGUGGUCGAUGUGAAGGGUCACCUUGUCGAGCUGUAUGGGACUGAAUAUAAGAAGUGUGGUGGGGAUGGAUUGGUUGCGAGCGGCAAGGCCGUUAUCACCACCAGUCUUAUCUUGUCUCAGGAGUCGUUGGCCUAUGUUAGCUCUUUGUUGCAGACGAAGAAGGAGCAGGCUAAGGAUGCUGUGCAAGAGAAGGACAAUUACUAUUUACAGCCUAGAUCUUUACGUUUUGCGCAGACCGCGACAAAAGACACAAAAUGCCCCUCGUCCGCAAACAACCCCGAACCAGACGAAGACACCUACGCCUCCUCCCCCGCCGGCCCCUCCGCCCAACAACCCCGCCGCCGCCGCGGCGAACCCGAACCCACUCAAGCAGACUCCGACGCAGAAUCCGCAGCAGACAGCAGCGAUGACGACGCGAUCCACGCGCCAAGCAGCACAGACGUUAUGGUGAAGAAACUGGUGCGUCUGGCGCUGGCAAGCGAGUACUCGCGACAGGUCAUCCGACGGACGGAUAUCAGCGCGAAGGUAUUGGGGGAGCAGGGGGCGAGGCAGUUUAAGGCUGUUUUUCAGGGCGCGCAGAAGGCGUUGCAGGAGACGUUUGGGAUGCAGAUGGUGGAGUUGCCGGGGAAGGAGAAGGUUACAAUUAGUCAACGGAGGGCUGCGCAAAAAAACGAAAAGCCCUCCUCGAGCAACAAGUCCUGGAUCCUAAAUAGCACUCUCCCGUCUCAAUACCGCACACCCCGGAUCCUCCCUCCAACCAAGGCUCCCAUGGAGCCCACCUACACCGGUAUCUACAGCUUCAUAAUCGCUGUAAUCCUGCUGAACGGCGGCGCGCUACAGGAGUCCAAAUUAGAGCGGUACCUGAAGCGCACGAACGCAGACACCUACACGCCCAUCGACCGCACGGACAAGCUCCUCCAGCGACUCUGCAAGGAAAACUAUCUCAUCUGCAACCGGGAGAUGGACGGCGGUGAGGAGAUUAUUGAAUAUAUGGUUGGGCCGCGGGGGAAGAUGGAGGUUGGAAUUCAAGGUGUUGCAGGGUUGGUGAGGGAGGUAUAUGGACGGGCUGCGGAGACGGAGGAUAUGACUGCUUUGGAGAGGGAUCGGAUGGAGGAGUUUGAGCAGCGGUUGACGAGGAGUUUGGGGAUGAGGAGGUCUGAGAGACCUGCUGAGGCCGAGAACGAGAAUGAAGAGGGGGAUCAAGGGGGGAGACGACAGGAUGAUGACGAAGAGGACGAUUGAUGUCUUUAAUGCUCUUGCUCGAUAAUUACUAUAGUAUGUUUGCAAUGAUACCCAGGA